GGCUGUCAUGAUUUGCAGCAUGGGGAGGAGGCAGUGGGAUAAACAGAGACCUCUCUCUCCAAACUAGGACUGAAUCUCUUCAGGGCUGGCAGCCUCUCUUCCUCCUGCAGCUGCUACCCAGGCUCCUCUUCACCUGCAAGAAUUCUCCCUUCAGCUUCGGAUCAGCCCCCAUUUGCUAUGGAAUCCUUUUUCAAAAGGCACUUCAGGAAGAAGACUGCGCCGCUAGGGCCCCGGCGCACCAGUGUGGUGGCCCUGCCGGCCAGCAAAGCAAGGCGGCGCUCUGUGGUGGGCCAGCCCUCUGCCACCCUAACGCAACACCGCCGCAAAUCCUGCGCUCACCUGCAAGGGCUGUCUUGCUUGGGCUCCCGGCACAAACGCAGGGCGAGUUCCAGCAGGAGGCGAUCCAGCACCACGACCCCUCGCCUGAGUCCUCGGUUUUCUGUCCAGAAGAAGCGCGGGGGGCGAGUACGCACCAUAGAUACUCAUCUCAUAGGGCCCUCCUUGCUGCUGGCCAGCCUCAUCCAGGUGUAUGAGGCGGAAGGAAAGAGGCAGUCGCCUUGCACUGAGAGCUCCAGCUCAGAGUCCCCCAAGGAGGGGCUUGAGGAGAGUGACUGGAGUGAGGAAGCUGCCUCUUCAGGCUCUGAAGGAUCUGGCCUGAGAGCAGAGCAGGAGAGGAAGGAGCUGCAAGCCGAGUUUUCACGGUGUCCCGGUCCUGCCACGCAGCACCCUGCCGACCUGAGGCUUCUCCUGCGAGACCCUCAUUACCUGCGCCGCAGGUCCUCCCACCUCCUCCCAGCAGAGUUUGUGCACAGCAGAGCAGCCUACGGGCUUCAAGGCCGCUACAGAUGCUUGAGCCAGAGGCGGCGCUCAAGUGAAACCCCCAAGCCGGGUGCUUUGCUCCAGUCAUGCAGGACGCGGAGGGCUGCCCGGAGGUGGAAGGUCCCUCUUGGGACCAGUUGGCUGGCGUUGACUACCCAUAAAUGCCUGGGAAUGGAUCUUGCCCACAAUGGCUGCGGCAGCGACUCCCCUGAAGGUUGCAGAGCCCUACUGCCAAAAGCUAUUGCCAAGUCUGGUCUCCAGCACCUGGUUGCCCAGCCAACCCCCCCACUAGCCCUGAGAAGCGAUUCAGACAGGGAGAUCCGCAGUACUGUCGACUGGAGCGAGGCUGCAGUUUACGGGGAGCACAUUUGGUUUGAAACCAAUGUCUCUGGGGACUUCUGCUAUGUGGGGGAACAAAACUGUGUUGCAAAAAUGCUGCAAAAACCUCUCUCCAAGCGCAAGUGUGCUGCCUGCAAGAUUGUAGUCCACACACCCUGCAUAGAACAGCUAGAGAAAAUAAAUUUCCGAUGCAAGCCUUCCUUCAGGGAAUCUGGAUCAAGAAAUGUCCGAGAGCCUACAGUCGUGCGGCAUCAUUGGGUACACCGGAGACGUCAGGAAGGGAAAUGUCGACAGUGUGGAAAGGGUUUCCAGCAAAAAUUUGCCUUUCACAGCAAGGAGAUUGUAGCCAUCAGCUGUUCCUGGUGUAAGCAAGCAUAUCACAGUAAAGUUUCAUGCUUCAUGCUGCAGCACAUUGAGGAGCCCUGCUCACUAGGGGCACAUGCCGCUGUUGUCAUCCCCCCCACUUGGAUCCUACGGGUCCGGCAUCCCCAAAACCCGCUAAAGUCAAGUAAGAAGAAAAAGAGGACAUCGUUCAGGAGGAAAUCCAGCAAGAAGGGUCCUGAGGAAGGGCGAUGGAAACCCUUCGUCAUCAAGCCUGUCCCAGCACCUCUCAUGAAGCCGCUGCUUGUGUUUGUGAACCCCAAAAGUGGUGGGAAUCAGGGAACAAAAAUAAUCCAGUCAUUUAUGUGGUACCUCAACCCUCGACAAGUUUUUGAUCUCAGCCAGGGAGGCCCCAAAGAAGCGUUGGAGAUGUAUCGCAAAGUGCACAAUCUACGAAUUCUGGCAUGUGGGGGAGAUGGUACGGUGGGGUGGAUCCUCUCCAUCUUGGACCAGUUGCGCUUGAACCCUCCACCGCCUGUGGCCAUUCUUCCCCUGGGGACUGGAAAUGACCUGGCAAGGACGUUGAACUGGGGUGGGGGUUACACGGAUGAGCCCUUGUCAAAGAUCCUGUCGCACGUAGAAGAGGGGGAGAUUGUGCAGCUGGACCGCUGGAGUCUGCAGGUGGAGCCAAAUCCUGAGGCAAACGCUGAAGAGAAGGACGAGACGGCGGCAGACAAGCUCCCUCUUGAUGUCUUCAACAAUUAUUUCAGCCUUGGUUUUGACGCCCGGGUGACACUGGAAUUCCACGAGUCCCGAGAGGCCAAUCCAGAGAAAUUUAACAGCCGAUUUCGGAAUAAAAUGUUCUAUGCUGGGACGGCAUUUUCCGAUUUCCUCAUGGGGAGCUCCAGAGACUUAGCGAAACACAUCAAAGUGGUGUGUGAUGGGACAGACCUGACCCCCAAAAUCCAAGAUCUGAAGCCACAAUGCCUCGUCUUCCUAAACAUUCCAAGGUACUGCGCAGGCACCAUGCCUUGGGGCAACCCCGGAGAGCACCAUGACUUUGAACCCCAGCGCCAUGAUGACGGCUGCCUUGAGGUCAUCGGCUUCACCAUGACAUCGCUGGCAGCACUGCAAGUGGGCGGCCACGGAGAGCGGUUGCACCAGUGCCGGGAGGUGCUGUUGACCACAUCCAAGGCCAUCCCCAUGCAAGUGGACGGAGAGCCCUGCAAGCUGGGGGCUUCCUGCAUUCGCAUAUCCCUGCGCAACCAGGCCAACAUGGUGCAGAAGACCAAGAGGCGCAACUCCAUGCCUCUGCUUAAUGAUCAGCAGCCCAUUCCAGAACGGCUAAGAAUCCGCGUAAGCCGAAUUGGCAUGCACGACUAUGAAGCACUUCACUACGACAAGGAGAAGCUCAAGGAGGCCUCUGUGCCCUUGGGAAUUAUCGUUGUGCCAGGAGACAGUGACUUGGAGAUAUGCCGGACCCACAUUGAGAGGCUUCAGGAGGAUUUUCCUUCAGGCCCUUCCGCUAUUCAGAGCCUGUUUCCAGAGGAAGGGGACGGAGCCAAACCAAAGACAUUGUCAUGCCAGAAACUGUCCCCCAAGUGGUGCUUCCUGGACUCAACUACAGCCGAUCGGUUUUACAGAAUAGACCGUGCCCAGGAACAUCUCAACUAUGUGACGGAGAUCUCUCAGGAUGAGCUUUUUGUGUUGGACCCAGAACUGGUGCGCACCCAAACAGUGGGCACAUCUCCUGCCAUGCCUGACCUUGUUGAUGUGCCCUCAACACCGAUAAGGCAAAACGUUGCUCUCCCAGGUUCACCAACAUCCACACCAGUCUCCAGCUCAGAAAUGGGGAGCUGCAAUUCCCUCAAAGAUGAUGCUUUGAUAGAUGCUGCCAAGAAUAACGAUUUCCACAAGUUCAAAGAAUUGCACAAGGCUGGCAAGGAUUUGAUGAUGCGCGAUCAGACAGGCCAAACUGUUCUACAUCAUGCCGUCAAAUCAGGGAGCAAGGAGAUUGUCAAAUACAUAAUUGAAAAUGCUCCUGCAGAGAUCCUGGAUGUUGCAGAAGAAGAAAAUGGUGAGACCGUUUUGCACCAGGCUGCAGCCCUCCGCCAGCGUACCAUCUGCCAUUACAUUGUGGAGGCUGGAGCUUCACUGAUGAAAACUGAUCUGCAGGGAGACACACCCAAGCACAGAGCUGAGAAGGCAAAUGACCCUGACCUGGCUGCCUACCUCGAAAACCGUCAGCACUACCAGAUGAUCCAGCGGGAGGACCAGGAGACAGCCGUGUAGUGCUCAGAGCAUGCCUUAUCCCUGCCUUGGGGAACAGGAGUAGAGUGGCACAGGAGCUUGGCCAGCCUUUCCUUGAAUAUCCAGCAUGGAGAGGAUUGGGGGCUUUGUUUGGGCUUGGCCAUGGCACUGUUAUUUGUGUAGUGGGUGUUGAGCAGUGCUGACUCCACGUUCCCCACCACCACAUUCCAUGGAUGGGCUCUGCUGCCUAAUGCUCCCUUCCUGUCUGCCUCCAGCUCCUACAGAGGGCCCUGCUGCUCCCUCGAAGCACUGGGAAGGAAGACCUUGGUGUCUUCCAACCACUGUCGGAGCCCCUGCCACCUGGCCUGCGAGGUCUCCAAGGGGCAGAGUCCCUGCUGUUUUAGAGUCCCCCCACUUUCUCCAGCAACAGGUCCUGCCUUUCUCAGUAGUGUGACCAAGAGCUGUGCCCAUUGCCCUGGUGAUAAUAUCCUGUUACUGGAAAGUUGCUGCCGCAGUUCUUGAGACGAGGCAGAACGUAGGGAUGGAAAUGCUGGCGGUGUGUUGCUCCCCUGCCUCUGCCAUCCACACAUCACUGGGAUCCGUUGCUGGUGUGAACCUUUGGUGGCAGCCACAGUGGCAAGCAGCCAGACUAUUCGCAAAAAUAGUCAUGGGCCAGUCUUGCAGCCUCAGCACAACAUAUCCUCCCCAUCUGCCCUUUCCCCACUCCCCUUGCCCUUUGGCCCCAUACUGUAUGUCCCACCUGUAAGGGGUGCCUAUGUAACAGGAUGAAAGUGCCUGGUAUGUCCAGGGAGGACCACACCGCAUGCAUUCAUCCCUCUCUGCAAGUAAGAGCAAGCUGCUCCAAGCUGACUUUUGAGUCUGCUGCACUAGAAAUUUUGAAGAAGAAGAAAAAGAAAGUGCCUCCUUCCAAUCUUUCCUACUUUUUUGUUUGGUUGGGGGGAUUUUUUUGCCUCCAUUCUUACAUGCUGCUUUCUCUCUCCCUUUCACACUCCGUGAUCGAGGAGACAGCAACUUGUUGUGAAUGUGUGCGAAGCGUGUUAAGGUUUGCUGAGAGGGGCUCUCAAAAGCCCACCCUGAAUAGGCCAUCAGCUCUUAUCACCAGUAGGAACUAAGGGCUUUUGCUAUAGGGUUCCCUUUUCAGUAUAGGGUGAUAGCCGUAACUAUACCAUACAUUGCAGUAUAGAAAAGCGAGUGCAUCAGCCAGUGGUUAUAGCACACUAUCCAUUUGUCGAGGGACCAGUCGCUAGUGGCAAGGGAUGGAACUGUCCCCCUCCCCAGUUCCUUUUCUGAACAAGAAUAGUCUUCACAAUUUAUUCCUUGAUCCAGCCUAGGCAUGCACAUGCACACCUUCAACUUCCCCUGCAGUCCCACUGCCAAGACUUGCCCCGAAUUAUUGUAAUUUGGUAUUCAUGAUAUUCAGGAAUCUUCAGGACUAUUGCAAGCUGAUCUGGGGUUUUUUAUGCCAAGCAAUUUAUUUAUCCAGGUCUCUCCAGCAUAUCUUAUCUAUAUGCACAAAAAGGCAGUCACCUAAUGUUGAAGGAACUCAUUCCUCAACAUGCUCUGGCAAUGGAUACUGGGAGUCUUGCUUCCAGCCCUGUGGUUUCUCCAGAGUCUUCUGGAUCAGUUGCAUUUAACCAGUUGCAUGUCUCUAGCUGCAAUAAAGCUAAUUUGUCAUCCUUGAAAUACAUUGAGCAGGUAGCCAGGAGCGGAGAGCAAGAACAACAGAGACGCCCAGCUGACUUUUAGUAGGGUAGUUUGCAAUCCUAUAAACAGGCAGUCCUGUCAGAAGUUUAGAGAGCUGAGAGCUCUGCCUAGUCUAAGGAAAAGCAGGCUGGCAGUGGAUGAAAUUUGUUUUAUGUAAGUUUAAAUCUCCAGUUUGCAGCAAGAAUACUUAGCCUCAGUGAGGCUGCAAGUUGUGUUCUGAAACAGUUUAGAAGACUAAUGGUUUUCUAUGGGAUAAUGACAACAUUGGAAGGCAGAAGAGCACUGAGCAAUAGGGGUUUGCAAAAGAAGCAUUUGCUCAGUGUUCCCCCCUUUCUCUUUUUUGCAUUGGUGCAUCUUAGACGGCAUAAGAGUCAUGGACAAGCUGGAGGGUAAAGGAAGUCUGCACACAAACCUAAUCUUUGUUUACUAUAGAUGCAAGGGGUUUGAAUUUGGGGGAAAGAACUGCAAAGGCCUGUUACGUUUCGGAAGACUCAGGAAGAUUAGGAGCUUGCUACGUCUCUCCAGCUAUCCUGUUAGGAAAUAACUUGCAUCUGCCUGGAAACCUAUCCUCCUCCAAGACUGACUUUCCUUUCUGUACCUAAUGCUCCUAUCUAUGAUUAGAAGCAUUGACAAUCCUCAACAGCACCUGAGACUUCAGAACAUGCCCAUGUGUUUGUUUGAAUCCACCUUCCCAUCUAGCGGUGUUCUUCUUCCCACCUAGAUGUGGCCACACCCAAACACAGCACUCUGGGCCCAGUUCCCCAGGUGAACUGUGGACUUGGCCUAAACCAGACAUCCAUUCAGAUACUCUCAUAUCUGUGGCACACACUAUAUUUCCCUGCCUUCCUCUCCACAGCCAUGCUUCCUGCCUGGAUCAGCCGUGUCUUUUGGCUGAGCCAGUAAUGGAUGUUGCAGGUGAGGUGGAAGAGAAGGGUCUGACACCGCAGAAAGUCACACAGGGCCCUCCCCCUUCGAGCUACGUCAGGGUUCAUGCUUUGGUCGUCUUAAAUUGUGAAAAGUGUUCUUCUAUAGCUGGAUGUACAGGAGAGCCCCCUGGAAGCAUUCAUAUCCCACAAGCCUGCCGUAUCUCCUUCUCUCCUUUUAUAUGUAUUCUUAAACUUUGUACAGGUAGUUCCAAAGCACACUGUUCCCCCCGUUUCCUCUGUAUGUGUGUUUGUGCACGCGUGCGUGUCCUAAGCCGAGUUGCUGUGCAAUUCAAAUCUUGGCUUGUUUUACUUCCAAGGGGGAGGAAUGUGUUUGAGGGUGGAUCUUCUUUUUUUCCUCCCCUGUGCAAUACCUACUUCCUGUCUCCUAGAUUCAGACUAUUAGGACACUUUUGAUGGACUGUAUUAUUAUUAUUUUUGUAACUGUAUUGGAAGCGUGUGCUUCCGUUGGCUUUUCUCUGACAGUUUAAAUGUUUUGUUGGGUUUUGCCAUUAAAAUAUAAGGAUGGACAUUUUA